CGCUGCCGCCGCUCCUCCUGCCCCUGCUUCUGCCACAGUGUCUGCCCCCGCUGCUGCAGGUGAGGUGAGGUCGGGUCCCGUCUGCACUGCCGCAGGGAGGCCGCCCGGGCCCGGCGAACCGAACCAAUGCUGGACCUGGAGGUGGUGCCUGAACGCUCUCUGGGGAACGAGCAAUGGGAAUUCACGCUGGGAAUGCCUCUGGCUCAAGCAGUAGCCAUUCUUCAGAAGCACUGUCGCAUCAUCAAAAAUGUCCAGGUUCUCUACAGUGAGCAGUCUCCUCUAAGCCAUGACCUCAUCCUUAACCUGACUCAGGAUGGGAUCAAACUACUGUUUGAUGCUUUCAAUCAGAGACUUAAGGUGAUUGAAGUAUAUGACUUGACUAAAGUAAAGUUAAAAUAUUGUGGAGUGCAUUUUAACUCUCAGGCCAUAGCUCCUACCAUUGAGCAGAUUGACCAGUCUUUUGGCGCAACUCAUCCUGGAGUGUACAACUCCGCUGAGCAGCUCUUCCACCUCAACUUCAGAGGACUGUCUUUCUCUUUCCAGUUAGAUUCCUGGACUGAGGCUCCCAAGUAUGAGCCCAAUUUUGCCCAUGGUCUAGCUUCUCUCCAGAUACCCCAUGGAGCAACUGUAAAACGGAUGUUCAUCUACAGUGGAAACAGCCUACAGGAUACCAAGGCUCCUGUGAUGCCACUGAGCUGUUUCUUGGGCAAUGUGUAUGCUGAGAAUGUAGAUGUUCUUCGAGAUGGAACAGGACCCUCAGGUUUACGACUUCGCCUACUUGCUGCAGGUUGUGGACCUGGCCUUUUAGCAGAUGCCAAGAUGCGGGUAUUUGAACGUUCAGUGUAUUUUGGUGACUCCUGCCAAGAUGUUCUUAGCAUGCUUGGCUCUCCACACAAAGUCUUCUAUAAGUCAGAGGACAAGAUGAAAAUUCAUUCUCCUUCCCCUCAUAAACAAGUUCCAUCUAAGUGCAAUGACUACUUUUUUAACUACUUCACUCUCGGGGUGGACAUCCUCUUUGACGCAAAUACACACAAAGUGAAGAAGUUUGUCCUGCACACCAAUUACCCUGGGCAUUAUAAUUUCAACAUUUAUCAUCGCUGUGAGUUCAAGAUCCCACUAGCCAUAAAGAAAGAAAAUGCAAUUGGUCAGACAGAAAUAUGCACAACAUACAGCAAGUGGGACAAUAUCCAGGAGCUCCUAGGCCACCCUGUAGAGAAGCCUGUUGUCCUGCACAGAUCCUCCUCUCCAAAUAACACCAACCCAUUUGGCUCCACAUUCUGCUUUGGUCUCCAACGAAUGAUCUUUGAAGUCAUGCAGAACAACCACAUUGCCUCAGUGACUCUGUAUGGCCCUCCUAGGCCUGGUACCCACCUGAGAACAGCAGAGCUCCCCUAGAGACGUCACCAUCCAUACCCCUCUACUUAUGGAACUGUGCAUUGCAUCCUACUCAGUGGGUUUCUGUGCUACCCUUUGGGUUUUCUUGGACACCUUGCCAGUGUUGAAGGGCUGAGGGAUGUUCUGAGGUGGAACUCAGGCUGAGUGCUCUGCCAUGGGACAAGGGACCCAGAUAUUCUUCUAUCCGUCCUAAAAGCCUACUGCUGCUGGCAAGAAACACAGACUGCAAAGAGAAGCACAAACUUUGAGCCUCACUUGAUACUUGGACACAGAGGCUCUCAACUAACAAAUUAAGGGGGCAGGACACAUCAAACCCUGUCCUACAUACAUGGGAAAAAUGGGUUUCUUCCUGCGGCUGAGGACACAGGCAACCAGGAUAAGGACAAGGUCCUGCCUUUGGCUCCAUAUUGCCACUUGACCCUUAAGACAAGCAGGUAGCAUGUCCAUAAUACUUGGUUGCAACAUUUGCACUACAUCCACUUCACUUACUUGAUGAACUGGCUGUGGUCAAGGUGGCCCACUUGCCCAUCCCUGUUACUUGUGAGCACAUGUUCCCUGCUAGGCCCAGAAGGAGCACCCAACUGGUAGAAAUACAGUUUCUGCCACCCAGGUAUGUGCCCAGGCCUGGUUCCCACUGCUCUUGGAGUCCACUUCAAGGUUGCCUGUGCCCCUGUUUGGCCUACCCUGGCUGGCAGGGCUGUAUGUUUCCAUCUGUUUGCCUCUUUUAUUUAAUGCCAAAGUUUUAGCCAAAGACAUGUUCCUCCUUUUGUUGUGUUCAGCAUUGUUCUGCACUGCAGGCCAAUUUCCUGUCCUGACUCUGGGCAGUGUCCUCUGGCCUGGCCACUCAAGUCUCAAGUCUUCUUAGGGGCUCAAGGAAGGCUCAGCUGCUUGGUUUCUUCAUGGGUCUUGCUAUCAAUAGGAAGUAACAUAUAUGUGCUUUAAAAACAUUAGUCCUUUUGAAAAGAUUUGAGAAAAGAAAUGUAUAAUUUUAUCCCAUUUUUAAUAUUUUGGUCUAGCAACUUGUGAUACAUAGAUGACAAUUUUGUGAGUUUUUCAAAUGUGUGUAUAGACUUUUGUAAAUAUGACUUUUUGUAAUUAACUCAUGUACAGCCUCAUCCUGUAUAGUUCAUGAUGAAUGUGCAGGGGACCCGCCCCAGAUGCCUAUAGUUUCUGGGCCUACACCCAGGCUUGUGUGGUGUUCCCAUGACUUUGUGACUGACGAGUGUCUUCCCAUUUGGACCAUGGUCUGGCCAGAGACCAUGUACAUCCCACUAUCAGGAGUAGUCAGGACUGUUCCAUCUUCUCCGAAUGGGGAAAAUUCCUCAUCCCUUGCCCACCUCCAUCCCCUCUCCAAUAAAGCACCUAUGCCCACAGCAGUGGCCCACCAUGUGCUGCUACAGGGGUGUUUGUACUAA